CAAGCCGGCAAACGAUCACAACGACUACAACAACUACUACAGGCAUGUCUACAGAAUCUGGUACAACGCAAAAGAUUAACAAUUCAAGUGUAGUAAGCAGCAGUUCUACAGGAGGAACAUCGUCUGAUCGGGACAGCCUCACUACGAGGAACGAACGCACUUCUACGACAGCCACUGCAAAAACAGAUGCUCCACAAAGUACUAAUGGGAGUGUAGACGGUUCCUUCACCCGGAAUAGUGCUCCCGAAAGAGAAGGCCAACCUAGUUUACCACCUAGCGGAUCUCACAGAGCCGAUAACUUCAGCAAUGUGACCGAGUCAACGUCACUUCAACCCAACAAUACAGAAACAACAACCAAAAUCACUACCACCACAACAACAUCUCGCGCAAGCAUGACAACGCCAUCUGUUGCAGCACGAACGAACAGCACAUCAAGUACGGUGAUAAGCAGUUCUACAGUAGGGGCUACCACUCAUUUUGAAGACGUAUCUACCGCAAGCGAACGUACUUCUACGAACGGAGUAGACAAAGCAAAUAGUCUGGAGAGCAGUAAUGAGACAGCAGGCGGUUCUAUCACUCCAUCUGUUACAACCGAAGCAGGAGAAAGUACAAGUGUUUCGUCUAAGGAUUCACAUGGAACCGAGAGCUCCACUCAAGCAAUCACCAGUGAAACCGUUAAACCCAGAACCGCCAAAACAACCAAUUAUACCACAAGCCGGCAAACGAUCACAACGACUACAACAACUACUACAGGAAUGUCUACAGAAUCUGGUACAACGCAAAAGAUUAACAAUUCAAGUGUAGUAAGCAGCAGUUCUACAGGAGGAACUUCGUCUGAUCGGGACAGCCUCACUACGAGGAACGAACGCACUUCUACGACAGCCACUGCAAAAACAGAUGCUCCACAAAGUACUAAUGGGAGUGUAGACGGUUCCUUCACCCGGAAUAGUGCUCCCGAAAGAGAAGGCCAACCUAGUUUACCACCUAGCGGAUCUCACAGAGCCGAUAACUUCAGCAAUGUGACCGAGUCAACGUCACUUCAACCCAACAAUACAGAAACAACAACCAAAAUCACUACCACCACAACAACAUCUCGCGCAAGCAUGACAACGCCAUCUGUUGCAGCACGAACGAACAGCACAUCAAGUACGGUGAUAAGCAGUUCUACAAUAGGGGCUUCCACUCAUUUUGAAGACGAAUCUACUGCAAGCGAACGUACUUCUACGAACGCAGUAGACAAAGCAAAUAGUUUGGAGAGCAGUAAUGAGAGAGUAGGCGGUUCUAUCACUCCGUCUUUAACAACCGAAGCAGGAGAAAGUACAAGUGUUUCGUCUAAGGAUUCACAUGGAACCGAGAGCUCCACUCAAGCAAUCACCAGUGAAACCGUUAAACCCACAACCGCCAAACAACCAAUUAUACCACAAGCCGGCAAACGAUCACAACGACUACAACUACUACAGGCAUGUCUACAGAAUCUGGUACAACGCAAAAGAUUAACAAUUCAAGUGUAG